CAAGGCGCACGGAAAACUCGGAAAAACAGCGCGCAGCCGAAAAAUAUUUAUAAUUAUUAAAGUGAAUAAAAAAAAAACAUAAUUUAGUUUGGCUCAAGUCAAACGUUUAGCUAGAGGAAAGAAAUUUUUUGCCAGAAUCAGUUUUCGAUUUCGUUUUGAUAUUCGACCUCUGACCUCGUUGCUGCACUGGAGGUUCUACGACAGCAAACUCGUUCAAUAGCCGCCCUCAAGAGGAAAUCUCAACUCAAGUUGUCGAAAUGGAGCGAUGCGAAAGCGGGCGAAGAAGGCGAAGACGACGGAAAAAAGCUGCACUUUGUGAGUCCAGCACGCCGAAAAUCGGUGCUGGCCCCCAUCCUCAAUAAGAUCAAGAAUGGCGCCGAUGCGGCGGACAGUGCCGAGAAGAAGCUGGGCAGCGAGAGCAGCGGCAGUGGUCACAUCGCGGUGCAGAUUGAGCCGGCCAGGCGGGUCAAGGUGGGCUAAAAUGGGUUUUCCCACUGAAAAUAUGUGCUAAUAACCGAUCGUAUCAUUAUAUCAGCGUCACAGCAUCCACGGCAUGAUGGAGGAGGAGAACACGAUCCGGCCGCAUCAGGAGAUCCGACAGCUAACGCUGGAGGAGAAGAAGUUCCUUCUGGCUGUGGAGAGGGGCGAUAUGGCCGGCACUCGCAGGAUGCUGCAGAAGGCCCAGGAUACGGAAUAUAUCAACGUGAACUGCGUUGAUCCGUUGGGCCGCACGGCCUUGCUGAUGGCCAUUGACAACGAGAACCUGGAGAUGGUGGAGCUGCUGAUUAACUACAAUGUGGACACGAAGGACGCACUGCUGCAUUCCAUCUCUGAGGAAUUUGUGGAGGCCGUGGAGGUGCUGCUCGACCACGAAAACGUCACUUUCCACAGCGAGGGCAAUCAUAGCUGGGAGUCCGCCUCAGAGGAUACGUCGACCUUCACGCCGGACAUAACGCCCUUGAUCCUGGCGGCACACCGCGACAACUAUGAGAUCAUCAAGAUCCUGCUGGACCGAGGAGCCGUGCUGCCCAUGCCCCACGAUGUGCGAUGUGGCUGCGAUGAGUGCGUCCAGUCGCGACAGGAGGAUUCGCUGAGGCACUCGAGAUCCCGCAUCAACGCCUACCGGGCAUUGGCCAGUCCCAGUUUGAUAGCACUCUCCUCCAAGGACCCCAUCCUCACGGCUUUCGAGCUGUCCUGGGAGCUGCGACGGCUCAGCUUCCUCGAGCACGAAUUUAAGAACGAGUACCAGGAACUGCGCAAACAGUGCCAGGAUUUUGCCACCGCCCUGCUGGACCACACUCGCACCUCCCACGAGCUGGAGAUCCUGCUCAACCAUGAUCCCACCGGUCCGGUUUACGAGCAUGGGGAACGAAUGCAUUUAAACCGCCUGAAACUGGCCAUCAAGCUGCGCCAGAAAAAGUUCGUGGCCCAUUCAAAUGUGCAACAGUUGCUGGCAAGCAUUUGGUACGAAGGAUUGCCUGGUUUUCGGAGGAAGAACAUGGCCCUGCAAGCGGUGGACAUCAUCAGGAUCGGGAUCAUGUUCCCCAUCUUCUCGCUGGCCUAUAUCCUGGCACCCUACUCUAGCAUUGGCCAAACGAUGCGCAAACCCUUCAUCAAGUUCAUCUGUCACAGCGCCUCAUACUUCACCUUUCUGUUUCUUCUGAUGCUGGCCUCCCAAAGGAUCGAGACCUUCAUCGGCGGCUGGUUCUUUGCGGACUCCUCGGGAAUGCUCAACAAAGUGGAGGAGUUGCCCACGAAGCGAGGAGCCAAGCCGACCUUCAUCGAGUGGCUUAUCCUGGCCUGGGUCAGCGGCCUCAUCUGGAGCGAGGUGAAGCAGCUGUGGGACGUGGGUCUGCAGGAGUAUCUCAACGAUAUGUGGAAUGUGAUCGACUUUGUCACGAACUCCUUAUACGUGGCCACGGUGGCUUUGCGAGUCGUAUCCUUUUUUCAGGUGCAAAAGGAGAUGAUAUACAACUCGCAUGCCACGGAUCUGCCGCGCGAGCGAUGGGACGCCUGGGAUCCGAUGCUGAUAUCGGAGGGCCUGUUCAGUGCGGCGAACAUUUUCAGUAGCCUCAAGCUGGUUUAUAUAUUCUCGGUGAAUCCGCAUCUGGGGCCACUGCAGGUGUCGCUGUCCCGGAUGGUGAUGGACAUCAUGAAGUUCUUCUUUUUAUAUGUCCUCGUCCUUUUCGCUUUCGGAAGUGGUCUCAACCAGCUGCUGUGGUACUACGCUGAUCUGGAAAAGAAACGUUGUCCUGAGGUUUCACCCAUGAGUGCUCUUCUUAACAUGAACGGUACAAAUGACCCAAAUGCGUGCAUUGUGUGGCGCAGGUUCUCCAAUUUAUUUGAGACCACGCAAACUCUUUUCUGGGCCGUCUUCGGCCUGAUAGAUUUGGACAGCUUUGAGUUGGAUGGCAUCAAAAUCUUCACUAGAUUCUGGGGCAUGCUGAUGUUUGGCACCUACUCGGUCAUUAAUAUUGUGGUACUACUCAACCUGCUCAUUGCCAUGAUGAAUCAUUCGUAUCAACUGAUUUCGGAACGUGCUGAUGUCGAGUGGAAAUUUGCUCGUUCAAAACUCUGGAUUAGCUACUUUGAGGAGGGCGGAACCUGCCCACCGCCUUUUAACAUAAUACCGACUCCAAAGUCGAUUUGGUAUGGAAUUGGCUGGAUGCGUCGCGUUUUCUGCAGCGGAUCUUCUGCCGCCCGACGGGAGCACCUAAAGACAAUAAGACGUAAGGCACAGCAGGCCAGUGAUCGGGACUUCAAGUACCAGCAGAUAAUGCGGAACCUGGUGAGGCGGUAUGUUACCGUGGAGCAGCGGAAGGCCGAAUCCCAGGGCGUCACCGAGGACGAUGUGAACGAGAUCAAGCAGGAUAUAUCCGCCUUUCGGUGCGAAUUGGUGGAAAUACUCAAGAACAGCGGCAUGGACACGAAUGUGUCGGCUGGUCAAGGUGGUGGAGGUGGUGGCAAGAAGAACCGCCAGAAGGAACGCCGCCUGAUGAAGGGCUUCAAUAUAGCGCCGCCCGGCUCCACGGGAUCGCUGGCUCCGGUUGCCGAGUUCUCCACCUCGCUGGAUAACUAUGACAACCAGCACGAGAUCCUCAGCUCCACACUGUCCACCCUCUUCACGCCGAACUUUAUGCACAAGCGCCAGCAGAGUCAAGCCGGAAGUGGAGGCGGGGGAUCGGAGUCCCCGACCUCGCCCACUGCUUCCCCAGGCGCUCAAGGGGCGGCCAUGAUCUCCGGCGGCCAGGUAACCAAGUACAACAAGUCCGCCCUGAAGCCGUACAACAAGCGAAUUGCGGGACACAAGAAAAGAUGGGGUACUUUAAUAGAAGCGGCCAAGGUUGGCAACGUGAGCAAAAUGCUGGGCCGUUCAAAAUCUGAGGACUCCGUGUGCAACUCAUCGCACACAGCGACACCAGUUCACGGUCAAAUGCGAGUUACCUAUGCCCAGAACUCGCCCCAGCAAGGAUACGGAUACAACGGAGAAACCAGUUCCACGUCAACGUCUACACCAACUCCAACGAUUUCUAUAGCCAGCAAUUCGCCAUCAGCCCACGUGGGAGUGGGCUCGCAUUUCUUUCACACAACAAGUGGUCUGACAGCCAUUGCUGCCCUCAAGCGCAAACGUAAAAAGUUCUCAUCAAGCAAGAAUAUUUGCCCAGUUACCGAAUCCGUGGCAGCGACAAAUGCAGCUGAAAUUCUAAAUGAUAAGACACUGAAGCGUGUGUCCAGCUAUCCGGCAGCCGAGGCCGGAGUGCAGCACAAGAAUCCGGCCCAGUUGGUCAAGCCACGGCGGCACGAGCAAACCCAGAGUCAACACGACUCGGUGGAGACCAACUCGACCUUCACGCUGUCCAUCGAUCCAUCCAAUACGUCCGUGAACUCCAGGGAACCGCUGAUCAGCACCAGUUGCGUUUCGACCACCGGAGCCAUUGGCUGAGGAAGUUUUGCAAAGUUUGGGGGAGGACAGAGAAUACCAAAGAUAGAGCAGCUAAACUACGUUGAUGGCGCACCUGAAGCAUACACUUAGAUACUAUACAGAUACACAUUGUUGACACUUUUGAUAUGAAGACAUAACCAGUGUGGAGCAAAACUAACUAAGGAAGAUAUACCUAAACCAACACAGCCUAGAUCUUAAAUUACCUCACCAUGUCAAGAUAUAGAGAACAUUCAGCGAAUUAGCACACCCAAUCGACACGGGCAACUCGGAAACGACUACUUUGCACUACUGAAACGAUAUUUCCUAUACCUCAACCUAUCCUAUUAACUUUAUUUACAAGACAUCCGCUUAAGAUAUUCUACCUUUCAUCUUACUAUCGAAUCAACUUCAAACUAUUUAAUCAGCCUCGGCAAGCCGAAGCUUAAAUCAAUUAUGGGCCAUAAUGACUUUAAUCCUAAAGCAGUCGUCCGAAUUUAACACCAUUAAAAAUGUCCUUAAAUCAUUAAUAAAAGAAACAUUUAUGCAAAUAACUGUUCAAAAAGUGUCGCAAAAGCAUCUUUGCAUCAAGAUAAUAUUCUCCACCUGAACCAUGAAGCACACAUAUCAUGCAAUCGCUUUAUAGAAAAACCUUUUACACCAAAAACAAAAUACCAACUCAAAGUCGAGUUGGAAAUAUAGAUCCAACCAAGUCCUUUACCAAAUACAAAUACAAAUACGAAUACUAAACUAUCCCAUAUCGAUGUUGAACGUUGCCUUAGCAUGAAACAUAUUUUUUAUACACAUAAGUUUUGGAUAAACAUUAAAUUACUGAAAAGUACUGUACCCAUAAUGAGGGAAGCGCUGUGUAUUUGUUGAUUUGAGAGAAUGGAUUUUGAAACCAAGGAUUUGUUGUUGUUCCAGCAAGCAAGCAAGCAAGAAUGCAAGAAAGCAGUAAAGCAAAGCAAAACAAAAGCAAACGCAAAGCAAAAUAAGUAAAUAAACCAAAAGAUAACACAAUUUUAUACACCGAUUUUAACCAACACAACAAACCAUUAUCGAAUCGCAUACUACUAAAGUGUUUGCAUUUUAUGGGUAUAUAUAUCCGGACUUAGAUGUGCAUAUCCAUAGCCUACACACACGAAGAUUUUAGCAUAUAUUAAAUAUAUACAUAUAUAUAGAAAUGAACAAAUAUAAAUAAUCAACAUUUUUAGAUGAUUUUUUGCGUUGAAGUAGACAAAUACCCACACAAAAUACACGAACAAUAUACGAAAUAUCAACGAAAACAAUAACAAGGAAUAUCAUAUAGCAUUUUAUAUAAAUACAUUAUAUUGGAACAGCAAAAAUAUGUUGCACAAUUGCAACUUGCAACGCAUAUCUUUGCUGCUGCCAGAAAAAAAAAAUUAAAAACAAUAUAAGGAGGCAAACGAAAUACCAAAUACAAUGUUAGAAUAAUAUAAAAAUUGUUAUUUGCACGGAAACAUAAAUUAAUAAAAUAUAUCGA